AUGAUUGCUGGUCUUUCCAAUUUUCGCGAUGUCGGUGGCCUUCCCACACGAGCCGGCACCGUCCGACGGAACAGACUCUUCCGCAGUGCUCAGCCAGGACAGAUCACCCCUGGAGGUACAGAGAGCCUCCGCCAGUUAGGCAUCACCACGAUGUUCGACCUGCGUUCCACGGUCGAGAUAUCCAACUAUGACUUCAUGCGAGUCAAAGAUAUUGAUGGAAUCCAAAGAGUUUCUGUCCCUAUCUUCACCAACUCAGACACAUCGCAACAAAUAUUAAAACGCAGGAAUUACGCUUUAGGGCAGCCAGGCUUCAAACAAGAAUACCGAGGAAUUCUGAAAAAUGGUGGUUCUGCAUUCACUCAAAUCUUAAAGCACAUUCGUGAUCGUCCUUCCGACGCAUGUCUCAUUCACUGCUCGCUUGGUAGGGAUCGAACUGGAGUCUUGAUAGCACUUCUUCUUGCGCUGGUAGGCGUGGAUGAUGAGACAAUCCUCGUUGAUUAUGAACGGUCCGAGGAAGGAUUGGCAGGCUGGAGGCCAAAGCUAGAGAAGAUCUUAGUUGCGGACGAUCCUUGGUUGGGGGACAAUCCAGAUGCCUUGAAUAAUAUGCUCAGUGCGAGGGGGUCAAACCUUCGUGGGACGCUGGAGUGGAUGCGUACAGAAUAUGGAGGACCAGAGGGGUACAUUAAAGAGGUGUGCGGCCUUACCGAGGGCGAUUUGCAGUUAAUAAAAGCUCAUCUGGUUGAUGGCCCGUGA